GGGGCAGUUCAGGAGGAACAGUCAUUAUUGCGCCAGUAUAACAUUCGCUUCCAGUUCUCUGCGACGAGUCUGUCGAGUUUUCGAGACACCGUCCACGAGAUCACGAUUCACCUCUGUGCAACGAUCGUUCCACGAGCGUUUACUUGCUUGCUGGCAGAGGUAACCGCGUGGCCGUCUCGAAACGUUGCCUCGUUCACCUCGAACGAUACGAUGAGACUGUUCUCGGGAAACAACGAAAAUGUGACGUGAGUCUGUCGACGACAGACAGCCUUGGCAAGAACGUGACACGUUUUCGCAGUCGACCGCUUAGCGUGGCACGCACUCCGUCGAAAUGCUUGUGAGAAGGACCAAUUUUCACGCGUUCUCCAGUGCGCUUGUGUCGGUACUGUGUUUGGCCCUGGUGGCGCUUCGUGUCGGUCAGGUCACGGGCCAAUUAUUGGACACGGAGUUUCAACCAACGGUUACAGCGACAUGCAAGGCCGGCCACAUGACAAUACGAGUGAAUCUCAAUCAGAGUUUCGUGGGAGCGGUUCACGCCAGAGAUUUUCGGACGCCGCAAUGCAUGGUCCCUGGAAAUGGUUCCACGCACGCGACGCUCGCCAUUAAUCUACUCGCGCCCAAAGGAUCUCCGGAUUACUGUGGUGUCUUGAUAAAUAAUGACACCGAGGAACGUUCCGUUCCCAUCGCGGUGAGGAUACACAAGACCCUGGAGCUGGCGGACGAUAAAUUCUACGUGAUCACGUGCGGAAAAGCCGGAUUCAAAAACGCCAAGAACGAGACGUCGUUGGUGUCGUUGCGCCUUUUGGAGGCAGGUCACAAAGUGCAAGAGGCUAUUUACGGUCACAACUACACUUUGCGUGCUGAGAUCUCGCGACCGGACGGAAUGUACGGGAUCAAAGUGAAAUCCUGCUUCGCGUUCAACAAACGAAACACCAGUGUCCAGUUGAUAGACGAUAAAGGGUGUCCCGUAAAGGCUCGAGUAAUGACGAAAUUCAUAUACGAUCGAAACACCGGCCUGGCGGAUGCGACAUUGUUCUCGAUGUUCCGGUUCCCGGACAGUCCACAGGUGCAUUUUCAAUGCGACAUCGCGGUGUGCAGAGGAAGCUGCGGUAUCCCCGUCUGCGAAGGCGAUAACGAGGAAGAAGUAAAGGGAGCGUCCUUAAUUAAUGGGCAAAGCGUGAGCGGCGAGGAAGGAGUACUUCUUGCCGGCACGAGCGUGUUCGUUCUUGACCCUGGUCAAACGCCAUCUGUACAGACACUGUACGAGGACGGAAGCGUUCACCCGUUAUGGCUCCUCUGGCUGGCAGUAGCUCUCGGCAUUUUGUUCCUCAUCAUGCUCAUAAUCAACAUAUUCCUUUGCUCGGCGAUGACCUGCAGCUGCACCAGGACCGACAUUAUCGAGAAGGAGCCGUCGAUCAUCGAAGACUACGAUCCGUAUCGUAGCUGGCAUGGAUCUCAAUAUGGCUCGAGGUAUUCCUUAAACGGGAAGCAAGGAUACGCUUCCGGAGGAUCGACGAUGAAUUCCACGAGGUCGAUCUCGACGAACAGCGAUCACUACGCCAUAGUUCAUUCCAGACCUGGUAGCCGAUACUCCGGUCCAGGACAGAAGCAUCAUCAUCAUCAUCGAGGGCCACCGUCGAACAUCGGUUCUCACUAUUCCGGGAAAUAAUAUGUUGAACAGAGUUUCCGAACGACGAUAUAAUAGAACGAACUGAUUUAUCGAUUAACGUUCCGAACACGAACUUUUUUACUAUGUAAUAAUUCAAUCACGUGUAACGGGUACUUCGAUUCGAUGGAAUCAUUGCUCACACAGGACAAACUACACGAGUACCAGUGGCAGUAGAGAAUAUAAAUUGAUCCUUGACUCGAAACUGAAGCUAUGCUUGAUUACAACGUUUUAUAAUUCCGAAGAAAAAGAAAAACGAUUAUUAACCCAUUUGCUAGCACGAUCCCCAAAUGGGGAUUUGAAUAUAUAUAUAUAUAUAUUUUUUUUUUUAUCACUUGCAAUUAUAUUAAAUAAAAUGUUAAAUAAAAAUAUCAAAAAUAAAAAUUUGGCAGUUAAUGGAUUAAUAAUUGAUUGAUAAUUUGAAGUAUUAGAAGAAAAUUUGUUUUUUAUCGUGGCUGUCAUUUGAGAGAUUCAUUUCGCGUUAAGGAUUGAUCCACGUAGCUUGAUACGUCCUCCAUAGUUACUACUAAUAUAUUACGUGCGUAAAAAAAGAAUCAUAAUUCUUGUUUUCGUUAGAGUAUUUUUGUACUAAUGUCCAAGUAUCCGUAUAGUUGUCUGUCCCUUCCUUCAACGAGACAGGAAGUCUGUAGCGCAAAUUAGAUGACGAUCGAACGAUUAAAUUUGAUACGUCUCAAAUGUCGAGGUAUUGCAAUCGUUUCAUUUAUAGCUAGAGUCUAAGCUCGAGAAAUGGUUCUUCAGCUAGAUCGUAUAUGUAUCAUAUAAUAGUCAUAAACGUAGGUAUUUAGCACUAAUAACGUUGCGCAAUAUUGUACUUAAUUAAAAUCGGACGAAAGCUUUUGUAUAUAAAUUCAUCGAAUCGGAAAUCAUUGCUCGUAUUCAACGACACGUAGAUUCGUCGAUUUACUAUCAUCGAAAUCCACGUACACAUGGUACACGCGCAACUGACACCAUCCAACUACGAGUAUUAACGAAUGAAAUUUUAUAUUUUUUAUAAGAUCUUCGAUAUUUCGAGAAACGACGGGAACAAGGGAUAAAACAUAGUCUCUUUUCCCUAUCGUCGAUACGAUUAUUUUGUAACAGCUCAAUGAAACAUUCCACGUUCAACGAGUCACAGCUACAUGUCUUUUAAAUACAUUAAAAAUUUGUCAAAGUGA